AUGUCUUCCACCAUCCUCUCUUUGCUCACCAGAGCAUUCGACCAGAACGGCAUCGACCCCGACAACAUCAACGUGACCACUACCGACCCCAUGGAGAUCGCCAUGUCCCGCAAAUACUGCAAAGUGGGCACAUGCCCCUCAUCAUGGCAAACCAUCGAAUACCGGCCCAACAUUGCCGGCAACGCCAUGUACAUGACCUGCUUCAUCCUUCUCCUGCUCGCUCAAGUCUGGUUCGGCAUCCGCAGCAAGACAUGCAAGUACACGGCCACCAUGUGCAUCGGUAUCCUCGGCGAGAUCGUGGGAUAUGCUGGAAGGGUCAUGCUGAACGUGAACCCCUUCCUGAUGAACAACUUCCUGGUCAACCUCAUCCCUCUAACCAUCGCCCCCGCCCUCCUCACCGCAGGCAUCUACCUCUGCCUGACCCGUAUCAUCGUCGCCACCGGCGCAGAAAACUCGCGCAUCAGACCCAGGAUGUACACCUACAUCUUCAUCGGCUGCGAUCUGCUCGCCCUGGUACUUCAAGCCAUCGGCGGCGGUCUGGCUGCUACCGCGAAGGAUAAGAGGGGGUCUGAUCAGGGUGUGCGUAUUAUGAUUGCGGGUCUGAUCAGUCAAGUUGUUACCAUGGUGCUGUUCAUGGCGUUGUGGCUUGACUUUGUCUUGCGCACCAGGCGAGCGAAGAAGGACGGGGGGUUGGAGUGGGUGCAGCCGCCACUGUACGAGGGUUUGCGAGGACGGGGGAAUUUGAAGUACUUUGAGUGGAGUCUGUUUGUCGCCACGGUCCUCAUCUUCGUCCGUUGCAUCUACCGCGUUGCUGAGCUGUGGGAAGGUUUCAGCGGCCAUCUCGCGAACCACGAGGCUAGCUUCAUGGUCUUGGAGGGGCCUAUGAUUAUCCUUGCUGUCGCUUGCAUGACCGUAUCCCACCCCGGACGCGUGUUUGGUGAGUUGUGGGGGCCUGCUGGACAGGGUGAGAGGGCUAGCAGUAAACUUGCUGGGGAGGGCAGUGAGGUGAGCCUCAAUGCAAGCUACCCUUACGAGGGCGCGUAG